CCCACCCUGAGGAGGAGCCGCCGCGGCCGCCUCGCUGGCUGCCGGCGCUCCGCUCGCCUUCCCCGCCUGCCGGCGUGCGCCCUCCGGCUUGGCGGGGCGGGGGGAGAAGGAGGCCGGCUGCGGUUCGAGCGGGAGCGCCUGAGGGGGGUCCCCGCGCUCGGGCGCCCACCGGCGCCACCUCAGCGCAGGGCUUGGUGGGGCGGGCGCUGGUUUUCUCGCCGAGGGCAGGGGCAGCUUGGGCCCGCUCCCCAAGCGCGCAGCUCCCGCCGCGGGCCCUGGCUCCUCGGCCUGGCAGGGCGGCAGCCGCCAGCCCCGGUUCGGGCGCUGCGGGCCCUGAGCUGCCGCGGCCGUGGGCGGCCUCGGGUCUUAGGAGGCAUGUGCCGUCGAGCCCUCGAGGCGCAGAAGCGGGCUACGUCCUCGGCUAAAAUUGAUCAGAUGUGUUUUCGGGUGCCACGUGCGUUCAAGGACUGAAAUUUGUUGCAUUCAACAUCCCUGCUAGGCUUUGCGUAUUCGCUCUUAUGGCGGUUUUAAAAUGUACAGCUGCACUAGCAAAUAUGCUCCCUGCAAAGACAUUCCCAGCACAGCUAAGUGUGGGAGACGCUGAUGUUGUCAUUCUGAGGUCAAAACCAGUCACAUCUCUCCUGCCUGGUAAUAAAAGAAGGAUUCUGGAGGGAGGCCGAAAUCCUCUGCCAUUGUACCACUGCUCUCCUCAUCCCAGCCAGCCUCUGCGGGGUGCUCAUUAGGAGAUGCAUUUUCUUAGAAUUUCAGGCUUUAAUUGAUUCCCCAAGAUGUUUGCAAAAGCAACAAAGAAUUUUGUGAAAGAAACUGACAGUGGAGGUGACUUGAUCCCUGUCUCCCACUUAAACGCCUCAGAUAAGCUGCAGCUUCUGAGCUUAGUUACGAAGAGGAAGAGAUUCUGGUGCUGGCAGAAGCCCAAGUAUCAUUUCUUGACAGUUACCCUGAGUGAUGUGCUUACUGAAGACAAACCGAUAAAACCAGUAAUUGUGGAGUCUGACUUUGCAAAAUACAUGGGGAAGUUUGAAGAUUUUGUUCAAGGAAGUAUUGAAACUUCAUUUGGAAAGAUCAGCCUGGGAGCUGGAGGGAAGGGCUAUGUGGAAAACCAGUCCUCAUUUGGAAACCUGAGGAAGCAGGAGAUUGACUUGCAGCAGCUUAUGAAAGAUGUCAAGGACAGAACAAUAAAUCUAAACAGUAGUUUACUGCAACAAGUAAUUGAAAGAAAACGUGAAGUGCUGUGCAUCUUGAGAGAAAAGAUAAUAACAACUCAGAAGUGUACAAUAUCUGAACAUAUCCAGACAGAAGAAAAAAUCAGCGGUGUGGUGGGAUGCAGUACAAAAAUAGUAAAGGUUUCAGUGAGUGAAAAUGGAAGUAUGUUGAAGGAUUCAAGUGUGAUUCUUGAAAUUCCUCCUGCAACCACUAUUGCCUAUGGUGUAAUUGAACUGUUUAUAAAGCACAGUGGCCAGUUUGAAUUCUGUCUGCUAGAUGAACAGCAGGGAGGUUUUGAAAAAGAAAGCACAGAAGGCUCAACUUAUCCGUACUCUGCAUUAUUCAGAGAUGCUUUGUUUCUCUAUCAGCCGGAUGCUGUUGAUAAUAAGAUGUACUCUGGGGCUAAAAACCUCAUUCCCAGUGAUGCUUCUUUAAGUGUAUUGAAACAAGAUCUGUCACGGUUGAAGAUGCAGUUCCAGCCCUUUGUGAAGCUGCCGGAGUAUAAGCAAAGAACUUUAUAUAAAACACUUUGUGAACUUUUGCUCCGUGAAGAAAUGGUAACUGCCCUGGAGGACGUGUUAGAUGAUAUCUGCACAGGAGAUAAGCCAGAUCUGAAGGAGUUAAAACCUGCACAACUACGAGACCUCACUGAUUUCUUGCAGCUCUUAGGGUGCAGUUUAGAGAGCAAACUGUUGUUGCAGAAAUAUCAGCCUCCGGAUGAAGAACUCUUCUCAGCUGCUCACCUCCUCAUCAGUGCUAUCUCUGAGCUGUCUGAUUACACUCUUGGCCUGCUGCGUGCCUGCUGUGAUCUUCAGGUUGUUCCAGCAUUGUGUUGUUUGCCCCACGUGGCUUCAGCCGAUGGCACUGUGGCGCUCAGCAGUCCUUUGGUGGCUGCCCUCACUGACAGAAGAAGAUUUGAUGUCGUCCAAAGGCUGUUUGCUUCAUCAAACAUUAAUUUGGAACUGACAGGGUCUUCUGUAAAAGCUGUAACUAUGAAAGAACCUACAUUCUUCCCACUUGUUCUUUAUGUUGCACUGUAUGGAUUGUACGCCUUGGGUGGGAGUGGGCAGGAGCUUUGCUGAGUAUCCAGCUCCUACCCUAGCCCGUUCUUUUUUCUGUAGCUCUGCAGUGUAGUGUUGGUGUGCUGGAGCUAGCGGUGCAGCCGCUCGGGUGAGUGCUUAGGGCAGCCAGGGGCUGUGGAGUCAGGGAGGACUCGGCGUGCCUGGGGUGACAAGGGCUCUGCCGCCGGCGUGGCGCCGCUCUGCAGCGUCCCCGAGGGGUGCGCGCACGUCUGGAGCGGAAAAUACAUAAAUAAGGGAUGAGGGGAGGAGUUAAGAGAAGCCUGGGGCAGAAAUGGAACGUAGCUGUUCUGGUAGUUGUCAGAUCUGCAGGGCAGUAGGAGCCUGAUUGCUUGCAUUAACAUGCGUGGGAGAAAACUGGAAAGUACAAAUUGCUUUUUGUGAGCAAGUGAGGGAGCAGGCUGUGGAAAUCCAGGGUUCUGCAAGGCAGUAAGUGUUUUGCUCGUUUAAGACUUGCUGUGCAGAAUGCCUUCUCUCUGGAGCAGGUGAAAUGGAGGGCUCUUAAAGAGGUGCUUGAUUAGGUUUUCAUUUAUUAAGUGUAGUUUGGCUUUAAGGGUGUGAACUGCAUGCUGCAGGAAAUAAAAAAAAAAAAAAAAACACCCUCUUUUUCGAAGACUAAGACCAGCUUGGGAGUUUAUGCCUCUCUACAGCAUUGCUGUUUUCUACUAAGUUUUCACUCACCUUAGCAAGUUUCAGCUGUUUAAAUUGCAUUCUGAGAACUUCCUCUUUGAGAUACCGUGAUCCUGCUUGGUGUGUGCAGGUGAAACGCCCCUGCUGCACUCCGCCUCAAGGAUCCUUUUACCCAUGUGACACUUCAGGUGCAGAUAUUUUGCUCGUUUCUUUGACGAGCAGCAAAAUGUCAGUAAAGCACUUUCUGCUUUGAACCAUUCUGCCUUUUUUUCAUCAUAACCUUUUGUAAUCAUGUGGUUGGGACAGAAAUGCAGCAGAGAUCACCGUAAAUCCGGGCUUGGGGAGGUGAUGUUGCAGGUCAGCGCUUUCAGAGGGGGUUGUGAGGUGGCUGAGAGACAAACAAGCAGGUGCCUGUGCGGGGGGUGACCAGUAACCAGGCCCUGCAGCUCAGCUGGGCGGGGAGGAGACCUGGGUUCAGUUUUCUGCUCUGUUCCCACACGGGCUUGAGCAGAUGGUUGUCUAAGAGCUCUUUAAAAAACUCCCGUCAGUUCAACUUCCCCUGGGACUUGGCAAAAAAAGCACCGCGGUACCUUCCCGUAGGCCGAGAGCGCAGGAUGACGGCCUUGCACGCUGAGCUGUCGGUGUUUCUGCGGCUCAGCUGGUAAAUGAAGCCGCUGGAGCUGCCCGAGCCUUGCCCUGGGGUGUGUGGAAACCUUCUUCAGGAGGAAGGAGGCGCGUUCCUCCGCUUCUGGGAGCGGCGGGUGUUUGGAGAUGGGAAAGUCGCCUUUUGCCACUCACUACUCAGAAGUUGCCUCUGUACCCCAUUAGUUUCUCAAACCUUUCUAUUAAAUGUUACGCCUGACUUCUAACCUCAUGCAUGUAAUUUCCAGUGUUCUCCGCGGGAUUCCAGCCAUGCCCUUGGCCCUGAAUGCUGGGGCACGCAGGUGGAUGUGUGGACACCCACGCUGUGCCGCCCUCCACCUGCUCUGAUCUUCCGGACGGAGUUUUGGCAUCUUAACGUGCGCCGUAUUGCGUAACUGCUGCCAGGGUGGGCUGCGUCCUACAUGUAGAGAGGGGAUUUGUUUAAAGAGGGGGAAGAUCAAAACAGACGCUAGGUGUUCUGUAGAAACCUUAUUAAAAAAAAAAAAAAAAAAAAAAAA